AAAAAACAGAAAAAAAAGAAAAAUAUUUAAACCACAUUUCUCUUUAAAUUAGAAAAAAAAAAUUAGUAUUUAAUUUCUCAAUGCUUGGCAGUUUUCCUGUAUUGCUCUGUCAGGAGCCUUGUCUUUUUAUUCGUCUUCAUUUCGGUUUAGAGAUUAUUCAUUUAUGGAUGGGCAGCUGUAGAAACUUGCUUCCUGCAUAUGCAAAUCAAUCAUGAUCAUGAUUUUGGAAGGAGCUGGCAGAAUGAGUAUCAAUUCCAGCAGCAAUCUACUUCACCAGCAACCUUCCUGGACAGAUGGAUAUUCCACAUGCAAUGUGUCCAGCAGCUUCUAUGGGACACAGUGGCAUGAAAUACACCCGCAGUACUGGACAAAGUUUCAAGUCUGGGAAUGGCUGCAGCAUCUCCUUGAUACCAACCAACUGGAUGCCAACUGCAUACCUUUCCAGGAGUUUGAUAUCAAUGGGGAACAUCUGUGCAGUAUGAGCCUGCAAGAAUUCACUCAGGCAGCCGGGACAGCAGGGCAACUGCUUUACAGCAACCUUCAGCACCUAAAAUGGAAUGGCCAGUGUGGAAGUGACAUGUACCAACCUCAUAAUGUUAUUGUGAAGACAGAGCAAACAGAUCCAUCUUUAAUGGUGUCCUGGAAAGAAGAGAAUUACCUCUAUGACAGUGGCUAUGGUAGCACAGUAGAACUACUGGACAGUAAAACAUUCUGUCGUUCUCAGAUUUCUAUGACGACACCUAGUCACCAGCCUCCUGAGUCUUCAGAUGUGAAAAAAUCGCAAGAUCAUAUACAAAAGUCCCACACCAAGAAACACAACCCUCGAGGAACUCACCUUUGGGAAUUUAUUCGAGAUAUUCUUCUCAAUCCUGAGAAAAACCCAGGAUUAAUCAAGUGGGAAGAUCGGUCAGAAGGUGUCUUCAGAUUUUUAAAAUCUGAAGCUGUGGCUCAGCUCUGGGGAAAGAAGAAAAACAACAGCAGCAUGACUUAUGAGAAACUCAGCCGGGCUAUGAGAUACUAUUAUAAAAGAGAAAUCCUGGAGCGUGUGGAUGGUCGGAGAUUAGUGUAUAAAUUUGGAAAGAAUGCCCGUGGCUGGAGAGAAAAUGAGAAUUAAAUAUGUUAAGAAAUAGCAUUUAAAACACCUGGAUGUAAAUAUUCAAAGACUAUUUUCUUAUAUUUAUGUACCAAACUAGGGUGAAAAACCAAUUCUACUUCUGUCGGGAAGAAGGAACAUUAUCAUUAUUGGUGUUAAAUUUAUUUUAUUUGAAGUAUGUCCUGUAUGGGGAAAAAAUGUACACAGUUUUCUGUGAUAUAAGUUAACAUUAUAGAAUUAUGAUUAUUUUUCCCUUCUUGUGAAGUUUUCCUCUUUUUUUUUCUUUUUUUUUUUUAAUCAUACAGGCUUAAUGUGAUUUACAACUCGCGCAAAGAAAGGGAAGGAGCUAAAUACUAGGGCAUUUAGGGAGUAUGAUAACCUACUUUGGAAGGCAACUGUAAGUGGAGGAAACAGUACAGCAUCUCUGAGCCAAGUAGUCUUCUUCCAUAGUCAGCUGGUAGAUAGCUUCCAUUGGCCGAUAUUACUUGUUCCUCCCUUCUGAUUUCUGAGUGUUUUGCUGGCUUCUAGUUGCUUUUGUUGAAUCAGAUGGUGGGUUCCUCUUCAGAUAGCUUAUCCUAGCCACUGAGAGCAGUGGUGCUGCAAUGUGGCUGUCAGCAUUUAUUUUGAGAACCCAUCCUACUUCCUCCACUGGGACCUUCUUUUGUAGGCAGAAGUUUAGGACCUGAGCUUACCUGGUACUGAGUAUCCUCCCUAACCUCCAAAGGGCAUUCAGCUCAUCCCAGGGAAAGGGUUAUUUGUUUUUAACUAACAUCUUUGAGGUGAACUGCAGGAAAAGAGUCAAUCUCAGGACCAGAAGCUAUUGAAGGAAGAUGACUUUUUUCCAACUGGGCAAACUUGCUAAAAUACACCAGUUUCCCAGCAGAAAUGUUAAUACUCCUUCCACCUUCUUAUAUGCCUAAUUAAAGCAUUCACAUCCAUGCAACAUGAAACAGUGAGGAGGUGGGCAAGCAGAAUUUAUAUUAAUCCCAUGGCAUGAGAGAGAGUCUCCCAGUUCCUUUAAGUCAUAUGGUCCUCCCGGCAGGUCAAGUCUCACUUGGACAGAUAGUUUCAAAAAACCUUUGAUAAAUGCAUAGCUCUAUUGCAUGUAAAAUAUUAGUUUCCCCUACUUUUCUCAAGUCUAACUGUAUAUUGUAUUUGUAUUUGUCAACUGUGCUUGGGAUUCUUAGUUUGAGGAAAACCCAACAUAAAGACACUGAGAUUUUGGGGACAUUCAGAUCUGGGUCAGUAUUUUGGGCUCUCUCUAGCAGUCCCAUGUGGAGACUGAAUGUUCACUGGAAGCUUUUUUUUUUAAUCCAAGUCACAAAUGCUUCCUGCUGGUGCAAAGCACAUGUAGAACAUGGGAAAAUGAGGCAGCACUUCACUAGGUCACUGAGGACAUGAGAGGUGGGAGUUGAGAAACAGAAUUUUCUUGGUGAUUUUAACAGGGGUGAAACCAAGAUCAAUUCCAACCCACUUUUUCAGGGAUGGGGAAUUUGGAAAACAGAACAGAGGCUGAGAAGUCCGGGAAAAAAAAACACAAAACAAACCCCC